UCCGCCCCGCCCACUCCCCCCCACAGAAGAUGUGGAAUCGCACAUCGGUCACCGAGUUCAUCCUACUGGGCAUCCCUCACACGGAAGGGUUGGAGAUGGUUCUGUUCUUCGUGUUUGUGACCUUCUACGCUCUCACGUUGCUGGGGAACGGGCUCAUCCUGACCAUCAUCGCGGGCUCCCCCCGCCUGCGCACGCCCAUGUACUUCUUCCUGGGGAUCCUCUCCAUCUUCGACCUCCUGUUCCCCUCCGUGACCUCGCUCAAACUGCUGGUCUCGCUCUCGGGCCGGGGCCGGGCCAUCUCCUACGGGGGCUGCGCCUGUCAGGUCUUCUUCUACCACUUCCUGGGCUGCGUCGAGUGCUUCCUGUACACCGUCAUGGCCUACGACCGCUACGCCGCCAUCUGCCACCCUCUGCGUUACAGCGUCAUCAUGAAUCCCGGGGUUUGCGCCGGCCUGGCCGCGGGCACCUGGCUGGGCGGAGGCCUGCAGGCCGCCCUGCUCACCUGCCUGACCUUCCGGCUGCCCUACUGCGGCCCCAACAGCGUGGACUACUUCUUCUGCGACAUCCCGGCCGUGUUGCCGCUGGCCUGCGCCGACGCCUCCCUGGCUCAGGCCAUCGGCUUCACCAACGUCGGGCUCAUGCCCUUCGCCUGCUUCCUGCUCGUCCUCGUCUCCUACGCCCGCAUAGCCCACUCCAUCCUGCGCAUGCGUUCGGCCGAAGGCCGGCGCCGAGCCUUCUCCACCUGCAGCGCCCACCUGACCUCCAUCCUCCUGUUCUACGGGCCCGUGGCCCUCAUCUACCUGCAGCCGGCCCCCAGCCCCGGGUUCAGUGCCGGCGUCCAGAUCCUGAACAACCUGGUCACACCGACGCUAAACCCCGUCAUCUACUCCCUGCGGAAUAAGGAGGUGGGGACGGCCCUGAAGAGGCUGCUGUCCCAGACUAUGUGACCCUCGGGACCCCACGGCUCCGGUCCACUCCUGCCUCCCCUGGUCUUCCGCGGGCACCGGAAGGUGCCGCCGGCCAGAGGAGACGGCUCGAGGCCGAGGAUGGAGGAGACGCUUGAGGCUGUGGCUCCUGGAGCGACAGCUCUCGGCCUGAUCCUUUGACUUCAUCCCCGACUCUCCCUCCCUCACUGGUCGAGUCGAUCAACCUGUUCACCGGUAGUAUUGUCCGAACGCAGAGCCCUGGGCCGAGCGCUUGGUAGAGCACGAGAGAGCGCGUAGACGCGACCCCUGCCCUCGCGGAGCUUAGAACAGUGCCUGGCACAUAGU